UUAGACGUCGGGAGCGCGUAGUGCGCAUGCGCGAAAUCUCGACAGACGCCUCUAUAUAAAGUGCAGCGCUGUGCGCAUGCGCCUGAGUGCGGCUCAACAGAGACGAGGAGCAAAAAGCACCAUGCAGCUGUCCGGUGGAGCCCCCGUGCUUGUGCUCAGUCAGAACACCAAGAGGGAGAGCGGCCGCAAGGUCCAGCAGGGAAACAUCAGCGCGGCCAAGAUGAUCGCGGACGUGAUCCGGACCUGCCUGGGUCCCAGGGCCAUGAUGAAGAUGCUGAUGGAUCCCAUGGGCGGCAUCGUGAUGACGAAUGACGGAAACGCCAUCCUGCGCGAGAUCCAGGUGCAGCACCCAGCAGCCAAGUCGAUGAUCGAGAUCAGCCGCACGCAGGACGAGGAGGUGGGCGACGGCACAACCUCCGUCAUCAUCCUGGCUGGAGAGAUGCUGGCUGUGGCGGAGCAGUUCCUGGAGCAGCAGAUGCACCCGACGGUCAUCAUCAGCGCCUACCGCAAAGCGCUGGAGGACAUGCUGUCCACCCUCAAGGACAUCAGCGUCGCGGUAGACGUGACCGACCGGGUGAUGAUGCUGCGGAUCGUGAAGAGCGCCAUCGACACGAAGGCGCUGAGCCGCGUUUCGGAGCUGGCGUGCGGAAUCGCGCUGGACGCGGUGCUGACCGUGCAGCGCGAGGAUAACGGGCGGCGCGAGAUCGACAUCAAGAACUACGCCAAGAUCGAGAAGGUGCCGGGCGGGAUCCUGGAGGAGUCGUGCGUGCUGCGCGGGGUGAUGCUCAACAAGGAUGUUACGCACCCGCGCAUGCGGCGCCGCAUCGAGACCCCGCGCAUCCUGCUGCUGGACUGCUCCCUCGAGUUCAAGAAGGGCGAGAGCCAGACGGACAUCGAGAUGUCGCGUGAGGAGGACUUUGCAAAGAUCCUGCAGGCAGAGGAGGACUACAUCCAGCAGAUCUGCGCCGACAUCGUGCGCCUCAAGCCCGACCUCCUCUUCACCGAGAAGGGCAUCUCCGACUUGGCUCAACAUUUCCUGGUGAAGGCGAAUAUCACCGCGAUCCGCCGCAUCCGCAAGACUGACAAUAACCGCAUAGCCAGGGCGUGCGGUGCUCGUAUCGUGAGCCGCACGUCUGACGCCAAGGAGGAGGACGUCGGUACAGGCGCGGGUCUCUUCGAGGUGAAGAAGAUCGGCGACGACUACUUCACGUUCAUCACCGAGUGCAAGGACCCCAAGGCCUGCACCAUCCUCCUGCGUGGAGCCAGCAAGGACAUCUUGGCCGAGGUGGAGCGAAAUCUGCAGGACGCCAUGCAGGUGGCGCGUAACGUGCUGCUGGAGCCGCGCCUGGUGGCGGGCGGCGGCGCCACAGAGAUGGCGCUGGCGCAGGCGCUGGAGGUGCGGUCGCGCGCCAUGACCGGCGUCGAGCAGUGGCCGUACCGCGCCGCGGCGCGCGCCCUCGAGGUCAUCCCUCGCACGCUGGUGCAGAACUGCGGCGCCAGCACGAUCCGCACGCUCACCUCGCUCCGGGCGAAGCACACCCAGGAGGGCUGCGAAAGCUGGGGCGUGAACGGGGAGACGGGCGCCGUCGCCGACAUGCGCGAGCUCGGCGUCCUCGACCCCUUCGCCGUCAAGGCCCAGACGUACAAGACGGCGCUGGAGACGGCGAUCCUGCUGCUGCGUAUCGACGGAAUCGUCUCCGGCAGCAAGAAGUCCAAGGGUGACGAGGGCACAGGGGCAGGGGGGCCUGCCACCGACUGAGCCACGGCGGGUCCUCCACCAUCCCCUCAAAGCCACCAACACCGACUUGAGCCACGCCACGGUGGACCCUCAACCACCCACCCCCUUGCAACCACCAUUGACUGAGCCACAUCACUGCAGAUCCUCAACAAUUACAGCCACCCAAGCCACAACAACCACUACCCACCAACACCACUAACAACCACCACCCCCUACCACAACCACCACCCCCACAGUGUCUUGUUACCUGCUCCUCGUUGCCUGCCCCCUCCUCUGGCUGCACGCUGUCCCCAUGGCCCAAACGCCUGACUCAAUAAACGCAAAGGUGAUGUCGUUA